AUGGGUAUCUCCCGCGACUCUCUCCACAAGCGCCGGGCGACCGGUGGGAAGCAGAAGGCAUGGCGCAAGAAGCGGAAAUACGAGCUCGGACGCCAGCCCGCCAACACCAAGCUGUCCAGCAACGUGACCGUGCGUCGCGUGCGCGUGCGCGGGGGCAACUCCAAGUUCCGCGCCCUGCGCCUGGACUCUGGCAACUUCUCCUGGGGGUCUGAGGCCACCACCCGCAAGACGCGCAUCCUGGACGUGUCCUACAACGCGUCAAACAACGAGCUGGUGCGCACCCAGACCCUGGUGAAGAACGCCAUCAUCCAGAUCGAUGCCGCGCCCUUCAAGCAGUGGUACCAGCAGCACUAUGGCGUGGAGUCCGACCACGUCCAGCGCAAGCUCAAGCUGCGCAACAAGGACAGGACCCUGGACCCCCUGCUGGACGAGCAGUUCUCCGUGGGCCGGCUGUACGCCUGCAUCUCCUCCCGCCCGGGCCAGUGCGGUCGCGCCGACGGCUACAUCCUGGAGGGCAAGGAGCUGGAGUUCUACCUCAAGAAGAUGCAGAAGAAGAAGGGCAAGCAGACGGCAUGA